UCUUUGUCAACUCCUAUCUAUUCCAGUAGUACAGUAGCAUAGAAAUGGAGAAGAUAGAGCACACGACGGUUCGUACCAACGGCAUAAACAUGCACGUGGCGUACAUUGGGACCGGUCCGGCGAUCCUGUUCUUGCACGGGUUCCCUGAGCUCUGGUACUCGUGGCGCCACCAGAUGCUAUCCUUAUCCUCUCUCGGCUAUCGCGCUAUCGCUCCUGACCUCCGAGGCUACGGUGACACGGACGCUCCCCCAUCGCCGGAGUCGUACUCGGCGCUCCACAUCGUGGGAGAUUUAGUGGGCCUUUUGGACCAUCUGGGCCUUGAUCAGGUGUUCUUGGUGGGCCAUGACUGGGGGGCCAUAAUCGCCUGGUACUUCUGCUUGUUUAGGCCUGACAGGAUCAAGGCCUUGGUAAAUCUCAGUGUUCCCUUCUUUCGAAGGGACCCUGCCAUUAACUUUGUGGAAAAAUUCAGGGCUGCACUUGGUGAUGAUUUCUACAUGUGCAGGUUUCAGAUACCUGGAGAAGCAGAGGAAGAUUUUUCGUCGGACACAGUGAAAGUAUUUACGAGAAUCCUUGCAAAUCGAAAUCCAAAGCCUCCAUUGAUCCCUAAACAAAUAGGAUUUAGAGGAAUAUACGAAGACCCACCCUCUUUGCCUUGUUGGUUAUCUCAAGAAGACAUCAACCACUUUGCCACUAAAUUCAACCACACUGGCUUUACUGGAGGAUUGAACUACUACCGAGCUUUGAACCUAACGUGGAGUUUGACAGCACCAUGGUCAGGAGCAACGGUGAAAGUGCCAACGAAGUUCAUAAUAGGGGAUCUUGAUCUUACUUAUCAUUUUACUGGUAUGAAGCAGUACAUAUACAGUGAAGAAGGUCUCAAGAAAGACGUGCCUGCUUUGGACCAAGUUGUCCUUGUUGAAGGAGCUGCUCACUUCAUCAAUCAAGAGAAGCCACAUGACAUCUCUAAACACAUUUUCGAUUUCAUCACCAAAUUCUGAUACCUCUUUGUCUGUCUUUUCUCGUCUACAUUUCGCAUGAUUUCAUAAAUGAUGAUAUAAGAAUAUGUUUAACUUUCUUUACGGUUGUUUGUUGAAUAAUUUAUAAGUACUGAAUAUGAUAUUUUUGGGCUUUUAAAGUUCCAAAAAACAAUUUUAAUAUUGUUUAAGUUUACAAUGCAUUUUGUGUAAUA